AUGCUCGGUCAGUUAAUGCUUGAAGGAUCAUCGUUGACUACUCUUCUAUUGGUGGAAUGGCUUCUUUUACUUCUCCCAUUCGCUUUAAGCUUCGGUGUUUGUAUCGUCACGUGUGGAGGCCAAAAGAAACAACCGCCACCGGGAAAACAGCAAAAGCCUCCUACUUUGCAAUCUCCAUCAAAUCCUCCAAAACCUAAAGAAAAUCCAAAAGCAGCAACUACAUCAACAAAAAUAUCAGCGCCAAAACCUCAACAACUUGGUGGAGGUCCUGGUUCAACAAUUCAAGUGCCUUUCUCAAAAGAAAAAAUGCUGUGGUCUGCUGCAAUGACAGACAAAGGGGAUGGCAAGAAAAAAUAA